AUGGCCGAGCAGCACGAUGAAGUAGAGGCCAUCGCUGCGGCCUUGGCCUCAGAUCCGCGCGCACUCGAGGCCUACAACAGCGCGUCGCCGGCGCACCUCUUGGACUUGCUCGCGCGCGCGUGCGCUGCGGGCCGCGCCGACGUCUCGGUCUUCGCGUCCUCGGCCCUCCUCGCGGCGGCGAGGCGAGGCGCGCUGCCGCACGAGCACUGGGAGACGGCGCUUUCCGUAUGCGCCGCGCCGAACUGUGCGGAGGCCGCGCGGUCGCAGUGCGCGCGCGCGCUCGCGGCGGCGGCGGCGCGCUCGCCCACGGCCCUCGACGACGCGUUGGCGCUCGGCCAACGCGGCGGCAUCGCGUGCUGGACGGCGCUCGCGACGGAGUGUCCCCACCGCGGCGGCGACGGCGCGACGCGCUGGGCGAACGUGGCGGCGGCGGCCCUCGACGCGGCCGCCCAGGCCGGCGACACGAUCGAGGCCGUCGCGUGCGCGGCGCGCUGGCUCGAGACGGGUGCGUGCCUGCGGCGCGGCGGCACGGGCGAGCGGCCGGGCGCGUCGCCACUCGGCGCCGGCGGCGGCGCCCUGGCGCGCUCGGUCGGCGCGGCGGCCGCGUCCGGAGACGCGAGGGCGGCGCGUGCCGCGUGCGAGGUCCUCGAGGCCGCGGCCGCAGCCGGCUCUCUGCGCCCCGGCGACGACGCCGAGCUCGAGGCGCUGGGGGCGGCGCACGCGCAGGCGCGCUCGUCGACGGCGAACGCGGACCCUGCGGCGACGCGCGCGAGGCGACGGUUCGCGGCGUGCCUGGCCCGCGUCGACGCCGUGGCGACGGGCCGCUGCGCGCGGCCCUGGGACGCCGGAGUCCUCGCCGAGGUCGCCGAGGGCUGCGUCGGAACGGACGCCGCCGCGGCCGAGGCCUGCUGCGCGGCGUGGUCGGCGCUCGUGCUCACGGGCGGCGGCGCGCGGCGGCUCGCGGACCGGCGGCCCGCGCUGCUCGAGCGGACGCGCGACCUCGCGCCGCGGCUCGUGGCGCGCGUCGUCUGGCCGCGCGGCGGCCUCGCGGACGCGCCCGAGCCGCUCGACGAGGCGGACGACGACGCGAACGCGGCGCUCCACGGCGACGACGCGGCGGCGCUCCCGGAGAACGCCGGCGCCUGGACCGAGAGCUUGGAGUGGGACGCGUACCGGCGGCUCCGCGACGCGUUCCUCGGCGAAUGUCUGCGGUCGACGUCCGACGCGCUCGGCGCGGCGCGGUACGUCGAGGCCGUGCUCGCCGGGGCGCGGCGGGUGGAUGCAAACGACGCCGACGUGCUCGCGGCGGCGGCGCGGUGUCUCUCGUUGGCCGGCCCGCUCCUCGCGCGAGGCGCUUCGGACGACGCGGCCGCGUCCACCGCGCUUUCGAACGCGGUGCACGCGUGCGUGGCCGCCGCCGCCGCGGCGCCGCCGGGUCCGCGCCAGGCGCGGCUCGUCGCCGCGACGGCGCUCCUGCUCGGCGGCGUGCACAAGUGGCUCUGCGACGACGACGCGCGGCUCACCGAGGCGCUCCAGUUCUUGGCCUACAGCACGCACGUCGUGGGCGGCGCGGGCCACGCCUGCCGCGCGGCGCGCGCCGUGCUCCAGCGCUGCUACGCGGCGGCGGUCGUGCGCACGCGCGGCGGCGCCGCGCGGCUCGUCGCGGACGCGGCGCUGCCGGCGCUCGCCGAGGCCGCCGAGGCGAGCACGGCGCCCCCCGACGGCGCGCGCGCCGCCUUUUACCGCGCGCUCGGCGCCGCGGCGCUCUGGCCGGGCCGCGACGGCGCCGACCACGACACGCGCGCGGCGGCCGUCGUCGCGCUCGCGGCGCCGGCCGCGGCGCGCCUCGGCGGCGCGGGCGCGGCGCAGGGCCGCGACCUGCGCGUCGUCGCGGCGCUCGUCCGCGAGGCGACGCGGCACGGCGCCCAGCGCGCCGAGGCGGCCGUCGCCGACGCGACGCUCGGCGCCGUGCGCGCGCGCUGGCACGCGGCGGCCGGCGCCGGCGACGAGCCCGGCGGCGCGCUCGAGGACUGCGCCGCGGCCUUCGCCGCGGCCGCGGCGCCGCACGUCGUGCUGGGCGUGCUCGAAAUCCUCGCGACGGCGCCGUACUGCGACGGCCGCGCGCUGCGCGUCGUCAGCGAGGUCACGGACCGCUGGGGCGCCCGCGCCGAGGCAGCGCUCGCCGGAAACGGCAACGGCGGCGGCGCGGACGGCGGCGCGGCCGUCGAGCGCCUCGCCCGCGGCCUCGCCGUCGCCGUGCCGGCCGUCAUCGCCGCCGCGCCGGCGGGCGACGAGGCGGGGCGCGCCCUGCUGACCCUCGCGGCCGCGGCCGCGGCGCACUGCCCCUCCGUCCUCGCCGACGGCGGCGCCGCGCUGCCGGCCGCGCUCGCCGCCGCCGCGCGCGAGCUGCCCCGGCACCGCGAGUCGCCGGCGGCCGCGACCGCGGCGUGCGCGCUCCUCACGGCCCUCGGCGCCUUUGCGCCGGACGGCGAGGCCGAGGCCGAGUCCAUGGCCGGGGCCGACAACGCCGCCGGCGCGUCCGCCUCGGCCGUGGCCGCCAAGUCGGCCGCCGUGCGGCGCGCCCGCGCCGCGCCGGCCGUGCGGGCGGCCCUCGGGCCCGUGGGUCCCGCGCUCGUCGAGCACUGCGUCGCGCCGGCGUUCGAGGCGAGCCCGCCGCUCUUGCCGCGCGACCGCGGGUCGGCCCUGCUCGCGCUGCACGCCCUCGCCCCCGACGACGUCGCCGCGCUCGCGGCGACGAUCGCCAGCCGCCUCAGGCCGGACCUCGCGCCCGAGCUCGCGGCGGCGCUCGCGCUCGCGCGCGAAAAGGGGCGCACCGCCGCGCGCCGCCAGCUCAUCGCCGUCUUUUCCAAAGCGGCGCUCGACGCACCACCGCCGCCGCCCUGA